AUCAUGUCCAUUCUCAACCUCUUAGAACCAUCAACAGAGCAUGAACCACUGAAUUACCUCAAGCACCCCCAUUUCAGAAAAAAGCUCCAUUUCUGAAUGUUCCUUCUUUGACGAUCAACUUAUUCAAUGGCGUUUGUUUUGGUGGGUUUUCUCCAAAAUCCCAUUUUCUCGCACUUGGCUUCUGCUUCUCUCCACUUAGCUUUAUUACUAGUGUUUCUUGUCUCUUGGGCGUGGAAAAAGAUUUCCCUGGGUACGAGAGAUGAUUCCAAAGAGAAACUUAAGAGCACUCAGUAUAAGAGGACUCUGUUUUGUAGUCUUGGUGUUUCUGCAUUUAACCUUGUCCUGUUUCUACUCUAUUGCUUAUAUUGUUAUGGACAUGAUUGGUCUGAUGAAAAGUUGGCGACCCUUUUGGAUAUGGCGCUUAAAUCAGUAGCUUGGGGGAUUGUUGGUGCUUCUUCGCACACAGGAUUCUUCAAUUCAGGUGAAAGGAGAUUUCCAAUUUUCUUCAAAGCUUGGUGCGCUUUCUACCUCCUUAUUUCAUGUUACUGCUUUAUGCUGGACGUUAUUCUCCAUCUUAAACACUUUUCAAUACCACUUCUUCAGUAUUUAGUUUCUGAUGGCGUCUCCUCCUUUGUGGGUGUAUUCUUUUGCUACGUGGUGCUUAUGGUGAAAAAUGAGAGCGAAGACAUCCUUCUUCGAGAACCUCUUUUGAAUGAUGAUACUGAUGUUAGAAAUUCACCAGAGUCAAAUAAGACCAAGGGGGAGGAAACUGUUACUCCUUACUCUAAUGCUGGAGUUUUCAGCAUUCUUAGCUUCUCUUGGGUGGGUCCUCUGAUUGCUGCUGGCAGAAAGAAGACUUUAAACCUCGAGGAUGUCCCACAACUAGCUACUUGUGAUAGUGUAGUUGGAGCUUUUCCAGCUUUUAGGAAUAAACUUGAGGAUGAGUUGGGUACAUUAAAGAGAGUAACCACAAUUAAGCUGGUAAAGUCAUUAAUACUCUCAUCUUGGGAAGGUAUAUUAGCAACAGCUAUUGUUGCACUUUUGAACACACUGACUUCUUACGUUGGUCCAUAUCUCAUUGACACUUUUGUUCAAUACCUCAAUGGCAAACAAACAUUUAAGGAUGAGGGAUAUGUACUGGUGGCCGUGUUUUUGGCAGCAAAGCUUAUAGAGUGUUUGUCACAUAGGCAAUGGUUCUUUAGGUUGAAGAGAGUUGGAAUAAAGAUCCGAGCACUGCUCGUGACGAUAGUCUACAGUAAAGAGUUGACCCUUUCAGGUCAGUCCAAGCAAGGCCACACAACUGGUGAAAUAAUCAAUUUCAUGACAGUUGAUGCUGAAAGAGUUGGAGACUUUGCUUGGAACAUGCAUGAUCCAUGGAUAGUAAUUCUGCAAGUAGCAUUGGCCAUGUUUAUUUUGUAUAGAAAUCUCGGGAUGGCUUCGAUUGCAGCUUUUAUUGCAACUGUUGUUGUAAUGUUCACAAAUGUUCCUUUUGCGUCAUUGCAAGAAACAUACGAAGACAAGUUGAUGGAGUCAAAGGAUAAAAGAAUGAAGGCCACAUCUGAGAUUUUAAGGAAUAUGAGGAUUCUAAAACUACAAGGAUGGGAAAUGAAGUUUCUGUCUAAGGUUAUUGAACUGAGGAACACAGAGCAAAGCUGGUUAAGGAAAGAUGUCUAUACUUCAGCCAUGAUCACUUUUGUCCUAUGGGGUGCCCCCGCAUUCGUAUCUGUGGUUACAUUUUGCACUUGUAUACUCAUGGGGAUCCCACUUGAAUCAGGAAAGAUCUUAUCUGCGAUUGCAACAUUUCGAAUGCUUCAAGAGCCAGUAUAUAGGCUUCCAGAGACAAUUUCCAUGAUAGCACAAACUAAGGUAUCUUUAGAGAGGAUUGCAUCAUUCCUUCGUCUUGAAGAGCUGCAGUGUAAUGUUAUAGAAAAGAUUCCAAAGGGUAGAUCUAACAUAGCUGUUGAAGUAGCCAAUGGUAAUUUUUCUUGGGACUUUUCAUCUCCUACUACAACGUUAAAAAGUAUAAAUCUCACAAUCCUUCAAGGCAUGAGAGUUGCUGUUUGUGGUACUGUUGGUUCAGGCAAGUCUAGUCUAAUAUCUUGUAUUUUGGGAGAAGUUCCAAAGAUAUCAGGAAACUUAAGAGUGUGCGGAACUAAGGCAUUUGUUGCUCAGUCUCCAUGGAUUCAAAGUAGGAAGAUCGAAGAGAAUAUAUUAUUUGGUAAGGAGAUGGAUAGGGAAAGAUAUGAGAAGGUUCUUGAAGCAUGCUCCCUGAAGAAGGACCUUGAAAUUUUGCCAUUUGGUGAUCAGACUAUUAUUGGAGAGAGGGGAAUCAAUUUGAGUGGUGGACAGAAACAGAGAAUACAAAUUGCACGGGCUCUUUAUCAAGAGGCUGAUAUAUAUCUAUUUGAUGAUCCCUUUAGUGCUGUGGAUGCUCAUACGGGAUCCCACCUCUUUAAGGAAUGUUUACUUGGCCUUUUAAGUUCGAAGACAAUUAUUUAUAUCACUCAUCAAGUAGAGUUCUUGCCUCCAGCUGACCUUAUCUUGGUCAUGAAAGAUGGGGAAAUUACUCAAUGUGGAAAGUAUAAUGAUUUACUUGACUCUGGGACCGACUUCAUGGAGCUUGUUGGAGCACAUAGAAAAGCUUUGUCUGCACUUGAUUCAUUUGAUGGAGGGGAAGCGUCUGAUAAAUUAUGUGCAAGAAGUAGAGAAGUAAAUAUUUCUAAUGCAAAAGUUACAAAUGAAAAAAAGGAAGAUAAAGAUAGGCAAAUUGGAAAAACAAAUGGUGUAGUUGAACCAAAAGGUCAGCUCAUUCAAGAGGAAGAAAGGGAGAAAGGUAGAGUUGGGCUUUCAGUCUAUUGGAAAUACAUCACAACAGCAUAUGGAGGAGCUCUUGUACCAUUUAUAUUGUUGGCUCAAAUUCUGUUUCAACUUCUUCAAAUUGGAAGCAAUUAUUGGAUGGCCUGGGCAACUCCCAUUUCAUCAAAUGUAAUAGCACCUGCUGGAACCUUUAUGCUUAUGAUUGUCUAUGUUGCUUUGGCCAUAGGAAGUUCUUUCUGCAUCCUUUCCAGAACAAUGCUCCUUUCUACUGCGGGUUAUAAGACUGCAACUCUACUUUUCAACAAAAUGCACAAUUGCAUUUUCCGCGCGCCUAUGUCAUUUUUUGAUGCCACUCCAAGUGGAAGAAUCAUUAGUAGAGCUUCUACAGACCAAAGUGUAUUGGAUACAAACAUUCCUUAUAAAUGUGGAUCAUUUGCAUUCUCUUCAAUUCAGCUUUUAGGAAUUAUAUUAGUGAUGUCUCAGGUUGCAUGGCAGGUUUCCAUCAUCUUCAUACCUGUAAUAUCUAUGAGCAUUUGGUGUCAGCAAUACUAUUUACCAACAUCUCGAGAACUAUCACGGAUACUUGGACUUUGCAAAGCUCCAAUUAUUCAACACUUCUCUGAAACAAUUUCAGGAGCAACAACUAUCAGAAGCUUUGAUCAGGAGUCAAGAUUCCAGGAAACAAAUAUGAAAUUGGUGGAUGAGUAUUCUCGUCUGAAUUUCAAUAUUGCCGGCACUAUGGAAUGGCUCGUCUUCCGCUUGGAUAUGUUGUCUUCAAUCACAUUUGCUUUUUUCUUGAUAUUCCUGAUAUUUAUGUCCAAGGGAGUGGUAGAUCCAGGCAUUGCUGGAUUAGCUGUUACAUAUGGACUUAACCUGAACUUGUUACAAGCUUGGAUGAUGGUGGAUCUUAGCAAAAUGGAAAAUAAAAUUAUAUCAGUGGAGAGAGUAUUACAGUACACUUGCAUUCCAAGUGAGCCUCCCCUUGUAAUAGAAGAAAAUCGACCUUAUCUUUCAUGGCCUUCACAUGGAGAAGUUGAUAUUAUUGAUCUACAGGUUCGUUAUGCCCCACAUUUACCACUUGUAUUGCAUAGCAUAACAUGCAAAUUCCACGGAGGAAUGAAAACUGGCAUAGUAGGGAGAACAGGAAGUGGUAAAACAACUCUCAUACAAACACUUUUUAGGAUCAUUGAGCCGACUGCCGGGAAAAUUGUGAUUGACGGAAUUAAUAUCUCGUCAAUUGGACUUCAUGAUUUGAGGUCCAGGCUUAGCAUUAUUCCUCAAGAUCCAACCAUGUUUGAAGGCACAGUGAGAAGUAAUCUAGACCCUUUGGAAGAGUACACAGAUGAACAAAUUUGGGAGGCUUUGGAUAAGUGCCAACUUGGAGAUGAAGUUCGAAAGAAAGAAGGAAAGCUGGACUCUGCAGUUAAUGAAAACGGUGAGAAUUGGAGCAUGGGUCAGAGGCAAUUGGUGUGCCUUGGUAGGGUGCUACUUAAGAGAAGUAAGGUGUUGGUGCUUGAUGAAGCUACUGCUUCGGUUGAUACUGCCACUGAUAAUUUGAUUCAGCAAACUCUUCGACAACACUUCUCUGACUGUACUGUCAUUACCAUUGCACAUAGAAUAACUUCUAUUCUUGACAGUGAUAUGGUUUUGCUUCUUAAUCAAGGACUCAUUGAAGAGUAUAACUCACCAGCAAAAUUGCUAGAGGACAAGUCAUCUUCAUUUGCUCAACUUGUUGCAGAAUAUACCAUAAGAUCCAAGUCCAGUUUAGAGUGAUGGUCUUAUCACUGAACAAGACGAGGCAGUUUCCAGAUGAUGACGAGAAUUUGAGGAAAUCAGCCAAACACAAUGAAUUGGUUAAUGUGAAAUUUGUUAUGACUCAAUUAAAUAAUGUUAACCUUCUAUGGCUGUUUGUAUUGUUUUUUAUUAGGCUGUUUAUUUAGAGCAAUGUAUGUAUGGAAAGCUAACACUUAUGAAAGAUAGAAAGAAGAUAAUUAUUUGGAAUACUUCAUAAUAAUCAUCAGUUGUUGAAGUCGUAUGUAUUCUUCCCUUCGUCGUUUAGGGGAAUAAAAAUUAGUUUGUGUAAUUGUAAUAUAGUUAAAAAUUAUCACUUAAUUUAUUAUUUGUUUUGAUUCAA